CCAACCCGACCACCCCGCCGCGUCAAGCAACGGCGCAACGCAGCCCAUGGCCUUCACCUCCCAAUCCCUAAUCUUCCGGGCACCCGUCUCCCUCCCCAGCGGCCGCCUCGCCGCCCCAGGUCGCGUUGCCCUCCGGGGCCGCGGUGCCGCGUUUCCUUCCGUCGCGGCCGCCUCCACUCCGAUGGCGAAGUCGGAUGGCGACGAGAAGGAGAUGAAGCUUUGGGGCGGGCGCUUCGAGGAGGGCGUCACGGACGCCGUGGAGCGCUUCACGGAGUCCAUCUCCUACGACUGGCAGCUCUACAAGUACGACAUCAUGGGCAGCAAGGCUCAUGCCACCAUGCUCGCCUCCCAGGGUUUGAUAACUGCUGGCGAUAGGGAUAUCAUCUUAGAGGGUCUCGAUCAGAUUGAGACGCUUAUUCAAGAAGGCAAGUUUGAGUGGAGAAAGGAUCGGGAGGAUGUGCAUAUGAACAUUGAAGCAGCUCUGAUUGAGAGGGUUGGUGAGCCAGCGAAGAAGCUGCACACUGCUAGGAGCCGCAAUGACCAAAUUGUGACGGAUCUAAGGCUAUGGUGCCGUGAUGCUAUCGAUAAGAUUUUGAUUCGUAUCAAGCAGUUUCAGCUGUCUUUGGUUACAUUAGCUUCAAAAUAUGUUGACUUGAUAGUCCCUGGUUAUACUCAUCUGCAAAGGGCACAGCCUGUUUUGCUGCCCCAUCUUCUCUUAUCAUAUGUUGAACAGCUGGAGCGUGAUGCUGGUCGGCUGGCCAACUGCAGGGAGAGAGUGAAUGUCUGCCCUCUUGGUGCUUGUGCUUUGGCUGGAACCGGACUUCCCAUUGACAGGUUUCAGACCGCUAAAGAUUUGAAGUUUACAGCUCCGAUGAAGAACAGCAUUGAUGCAGUAUCAGACCGUGACUUCGUAUUGGAGUUUCUUGCUGCCAAUUCAAUCGCUGCUGUGCAUCUUUCUCGAAUUGGUGAAGAAUGGGUUCUUUGGGCAUCAGAGGAGUUUGGGUUCCUGACACCAAGUGACAAAGUUUCAACAGGAAGCAGCAUUAUGCCACAGAAGAAAAAUCCGGAUCCAAUGGAGCUUGUUCGUGGGAAGUCUGCUAGGGUUGUUGGAGAUCUCGUGACUGUU